AUGGAGCUGCUAGUGGGAGAGAAGCUGGUCUUGAACUGCACAGUGUGGGCCGAGUUCAACUCCGGCGUCCGCUUCCAGUGGACCUACCCUGGCAAACAGACACAGCGGGCAGUGAUGGAGCCCGAGCGCCGGUCCCUGCAGACACACACAGAGCUCUCCAGUAUCCUGACCCUGCACAAUGUCAGCCAGCAGGACCUGGGCAGGUACACGUGCACAGCCACCAAUGGCGCCCAGAUGCUGGAGGAGAGCACCGACGUCAUCGUGCACGAAAAGCCCUUCAUCAAUGUGGAGUGGAGGAAGGGGCCGGUGAUAGAAGCCACCGCAGGAGAUGAAGCUGUGAAGCUGCCGGUGAAAGUCGUGGCUUACCCCCCACCAGACUUCCAGUGGUACAAGGAUGGGAAGCUAAUUCCCAAGCAAUCUCAAUCUUCAAUGCAGAUCAAGGAUGUGUCGGAGCAGCACGCUGGGACAUACACGCUGGUUCUGCGGAACAGGCUGGCAGGGCUGGAGAAGCAUAUCAGCCUCCAGUUAAUUGUCAAUGUUCCUCCACGCAUCCAUGAGAAGGAAGCCUCUUCCCCAAGCAUCUACUCCCGGAGGAGCCCCCAGGCCCUCACCUGCACGGUCUAUGGCAUCCCGGCACCAGAGGUGAUCCAGUGGCAGUGGAGGCCGUGGAUGCCCUGUCGGAUGUUCUCCCGACGCAGCCUCAAUAGCAGGCACCGAGCAGCAAGGCGCCAUCAGCGGGACCGGAUGCCUGAGUGCAAGGACUGGAAAGAUGUGUCGCAGCAGGACGCAGUGAACCCCAUCGAGAGCAUUGACACCUGGGUGGAGUUUGUGGAGGGGCGGAACAAGACAGUCAGCAAACUGGCCAUCCAGGAGGCUAAUGUCUCAGUCAUGUACAAGUGUAUCGCCUCCAAUAAAGUGGGUCGAGAUGAGCGGCUGAUCUACUUCUACGUAACCACUAUUCCAGAUGGGUUUGAGAUUGAGUCCCAGCCCUCAGAAGAGCCCAUAGAGGGGCAGGACCUACAGCUGAGCUGCAAUGCAGACAACUACACCUAUGAGAACCUGCAGUGGUAUCGGCUGAACCUCUCCAAGCUCCACGACGAGGAGGGCAACCCCCUCGUGCUGGACUGCAAAAACGUCCACCACUAUGCCACUAAGAUGCAGGGGGAGCUGCGCUUCCAGCCCGACUCCAACGAUGCGACCUUGCUGCUCACCAUCCCCAACAUCUCCCUGGGCGAGGAGGGAGACUACGUGUGUGAGGUGCAGAACCGGAAGACCCGGGAGAAGCACUGCCACAAGAAAUACAUCUCCGUGCAGGCCCUGGAGAUCCCCCGCCUCAAGCAGAACCUGACAGACAUUUGGGUGAACGUCAGCGACUCCAUAGAGAUGCGCUGUAAGGUGGACGGCAACCACGUUCCUGAAAUCAGCUGGUACAAAGAUGAGAAACUGGUGGAAGAAGUGUCAGGAAUAGACCUGGCAGACUUCAACCAGAGGCUGAGUAUUCAGAGGGUGAGGGAGGAGGACGCUGGGCUCUACCUGUGCAGCGUCUGCAACGCUAAGGGCUGUGUGAACUCCUCGGCCAGCGUCUCUGUGGAAGGCUCUGAUGACAGGACCAAUGUGGAGAUUGUCAUCCUGAUUGGGACUGGGGUUAUCGCUGUCUUCUUCUGGAUCCUCCUCAUCCUCAUCUUCUGUAACAUCAAAAGGCCUGCCCAUGCAGACAUCAAGACGGGCUACCUCUCCAUCAUCAUGGACCCUGGUGAGGUGCCCUUGGAGGAGCAGUGCGAGUACUUGCCCUAUGAUUCCAGCAAGUGGGAGUUCCCACGAGACCGCCUGCGCCUCGGUAAAGUCCUGGGUCACGGUGCCUUUGGGAAGGUGGUGGAAGCAUCAGCAUUUGGGAUCAAUAAAAGUAAUAGCUGUGAGACCGUAGCAGUCAAAAUGCUGAAAGAGGGAGCUACUGCAAGUGAGCACAAGGCAUUGAUGUCGGAGCUGAAGAUCCUCAUUCACAUCGGGAAUCACCUCAACGUGGUGAAUUUGCUGGGUGCCUGUACCAAACCCAAUGGUCCACUUAUGGUAAUUGUUGAGUUCUGCAAGUAUGGAAACCUCUCCAACUACCUGCGGACCAAGCGAGAAGGAUUCAGUCCUUACAGGGAGAAGUCUCCAAGGCUGCGCAUUCAGGUCCAGUCCAUUGUGGAGGCAGUGAGAGCAGACAGGAGGAGUCGUUCUGGGACCAGUGACAGUGCUAUCUUCAACCGCUUCCUGAUGCACAAGAGUCAGACAGCACAGCCAAUUCAGGAAGUGGAUGACCUGUGGCAGAGUCCCUUGACAAUGGAAGACCUUAUCUGCUACAGCUUCCAGGUAGCACGUGGCAUGGAGUUCCUGGCAUCCCGAAAGUGCAUCCACAGAGACCUAGCUGCUCGCAAUAUCCUGCUGUCAGAGAACAACGUGGUAAAGAUCUGUGACUUUGGCCUGGCCCGGGACAUCUACAAGGACCCCGACUAUGUCAGGAAAGGCAGUGCCCGUCUCCCACUGAAGUGGAUGGCUCCAGAGAGCAUCUUUGAUAAGGUCUACACUACCCAGAGUGACGUCUGGUCCUUUGGAGUCCUCCUCUGGGAAAUCUUCUCACUGGGGGCCUCUCCGUACCCUGGAGUCCAGAUCAAUGAGGAGUUCUGCCAGAGGCUCAAAGACGGUACCAGGAUGAGAGCCCCAGAGUACGCCACAGCAGAAAUUUACCGUAUAAUGCUGAGCUGCUGGCAUGGCGAUCCCAAGGAGAGACCAACUUUCUCCGACCUGGUGGAGAUACUAGGGAACCUUCUUCAGGAGAACGUUCAGCAGGAAGGGAAGGACUACAUCCCGCUGAACGACUCUCACAGCUCAGAAGAUGAUGGUUUCUCUCAGGUGCCUUCCUCUGCCCAGCAAAAUUCAGAUGAAGAGGACUUUGACAUGAGGAUACGUUGCCACAGCCUAGCAGCAAGAUACUACAACUGUGUCUCGUUCCCUGGUUGUUUGACGGGAGGAAAUCAGAUCAGGUGUCCAUCCAGGAUAAAGACAUUUGAAGAGUUUCCCAUGACACAUACAAUGUACAAGGCACACCCGGACAAUCAGACAGACAGUGGGAUGGUUCUGGCAUCUGAGGAAUUUGAGAGGAUAGAAAACCGACACAGAAAAGAAGGUGGAUUCAGCAGUAAAGGGCCCGGCCGAAGUGUGGAGCUGGCAGGGGAACUGUCGGACCUGCGGGGCAGAUGUCGGCCGUCAUACGGGUCCCAGGUUGGAGGCCAGACUUUUUACAACAGUGAAUAUGGGGAGCUGUCAGAACACUCUGAGGAUGGCAGCUGCACCCCACCUGGAGAAGCGGCCAGUCCCCCCACUCUCCAUGCUUCCUUCUUCUCAGAGCAGUACUAA